AAUCCAAAUCGCAACUGUCGAUUAUCAUCCAAUCCUCGACCGCAGACGGUAACCCAAGAAGUAGCCCAGUAGUCAGUACGAGACUUCCUUCAUCCCGAAACACAAACACCAGUCACAGAAUAUCAUUCUUUCCCAAGCCGUUUUCUUGAAACGUGCGAUCCGAUCCCGCCCCUGCACAGUUUAAUCCCCCAAUCAACAAACAAAACUGCAAAAAGGCACAAAAACUCUUUAUAAUCUCCUCGACCAGCUUCCUUGCCUUGCAUUGCUUCCCGUUGAUUGAAUCGAAUUCUUUACCGGAGCUCUCUUUGUCUCUUUCCGUCAAUUCAGUUGUUUUCAAUCCCUUGAUUAUGGAGAUUUUUCAUGCAAAGAAGCGGGGGGCGCUUGGAUUCUGCUGCUGCCUCUUGGUGAUCUUCAUUUGCGCGAGGAAUUGCGAUUCCACGAGAUCUGACAAGGAAACGAGGGAGAGGUUUUACGGGAACUUGUUGAACUCGUCCGCCCCUGCUGCCAACGACGGCAGCAUUGCUAAAAUGUUCGAUCGGGUCCUUGAGAAGGAGUUUUCCGAGAAUGAUCACCCCGAAGGAUCUGACAGAAGCAGCUUCAACAGCAGUGUGGCUGAUCGACAAGCUGAACUGGAGACUGUGGCUAUAAUCACUCAUGAGAAGACCAAGAGAAAUGAUACACAAGAGGCAAAUGGGACAAGAUCAUUCCAGUUCCAAGAUGUGUUUUCUAGGGAGGGUGAAGAUUCUGAUGACAUGACAACCUUGAUUGACAAAAAGGACAAUGUGUUUGUAAUGUCAAACAAGAAAUCCAAGUAUCCAGUACUUCAAGUAGAUUUGAGAUUGAUCUCAGACUUGGUGGUUGUCAUUGUUUCCGCUGCUAUUGGUGGAAUUAUUUUUUCCUGUUUGGGUCAACCGGUUAUUGUGGGCUAUCUUCUUGCUGGUUCAAUUAUUGGCCCGGGGGGCUUGAAAUUCAUUAGCGAAAUGGUACAGGUUGAAACUUUUGCACAGUUUGGUGUUGUCUUUCUUCUUUUUGCUUUAGGGCUGGAGUUUUCUUUGACAAAGCUAAAAGUUGUGGGGCCUGUUGCUGUCUUUGGAGGGAUACUUCAGAUCAUCAUAUUUAUGUUCUUGUGCUGUAUAACUGCCAUGUUAUGUGGAGCAAACUUAUCUGAGGGUGUAUUUGUUGGUGCAUUCUUAUCAAUGUCAUCAACAGCAGUGGUGGUAAAGUUUCUUGUAGAACGUAAUAAUAGUAAUGCUCUCCAUGGUCAAGUUACCAUAGGUACUCUUAUUUUUCAGGACUGUGCCGUUGGCUUACUAUUUGCCUUGCUCCCAUUUUUGGGGGGUCACAGUGGCCUUUUGCAGGGAAUGAUUUCUAUGGGAAAGCUGCUACUGGUGUUGUCAAUGUAUCUCACCGCUGCAUCUGUAUUGUCUUGGUCUUUUGUUCCUCGCUUUCUAAAACUGAUGAUACAGCUAUCGUCCCAAACAAAUGAACUUUAUCAGCUAGCUAUGGUGGCUUUUUGCCUAUUAUCUGCCUGGUGCAGCGAUAAGCUGGGCCUUAGUCUUGAGUUGGGUUCAUUUGUGGCUGGUGUUAUGAUAUCUACUACUGACUUUGCACAACAUACUUUGGACCAGGUGGAACCAAUUCGCAACUUGUUUGCAGCUCUUUUCCUUUCAAGUAUUGGAAUGCUCAUACACAUACAUUUCCUAUGGAACCACGUGGAUAUAUUGCUAGCAUCUGUUAUUCUGGUCAUAACCGUGAAGACAACUGUUAUCACUAUUGUUACUAAGGCCUUCGGAUAUAGCAUCAAGACAUCAUUCAUUGUUGGAGUCUCGCUUGCUCAAAUUGGAGAAUUUGCUUUUGUUCUCCUGAGUCGUGCCUCAAAUCUUCAUCUUGUUGGGGGGAAGAUGUAUCUACUUCUUCUAGGAACAACAGCUCUUAGUCUUGUAACAACGCCUCUCCUGUUUAAACUGAUACCUGCUGUAAUAAACUUGGGUGUUCUCAUGCACUGGUUCCCCUCAGAGAGCAGCACACAGAAUGAGGAGAAAGCAUCCAUUAUUGAGGCGUAUAACAGAUCAUUGUAAUCUCAAAUAUAAAGGGGCCAACUUAAAUAUCAAUGACUUUAGCACAUCAGGACUUGCUUCCGCUGCCAAUGUUAUUUGUGAGGUUUCAGCUUACACGCCAGGAUUUUUUGUUGACAAGUAGUAGAUGACAGUUCAGGAUAUUCAUUCCGUUGAAACUCAGCUCAGAGUUCUCAUGUACAUAGGUACAGAUGUUCUGUAUGCUUAAGAGUAUCAUAGGUGGAAAAUCUUUUAGGAAUCACUCACACAUGUUCGUGCUAGUCUAGGACCUGAUUAGUGUGCGACACAUUCAGAACAGCAGAAACUAUGAUUUCGACUGUAUAAGAUACUGCAGGACAUAUGAAAAUGAAAAAGAUGUUCUUAAAAUCAUUUUU